UAAUGUAGCAAUCGAAUCCUAUACUCUUGACAAUUUCAAAUAUUUUAGAUGAAAUUAUAAAAGAAACAGAUACACUUGAGAUAGAGUAUAACUCUAUUUUUCAUGCAAAUAAAGCUCCUUCAAUUACAAUCUAUAAUUACUUACAAAGAAUAGCUAAAUAUACACAUUGUAGUGAAUAAUGCUUUGUUAUUGCUCUUAUAUACUUAGAUAGAUUGUAAGAGAAACAUACAUAUCUUGUAUUAAAUUCCCAUUGCAUACAUAGGUAUAUAUCCAUUUUAUAAAACUAAUAUAAAGGUUUCUUUUAAUGUCAAUUAUGACAGCAAUCAAGUUUUAGGAUGAUGAUUAUUAUAAAAAUGAGUAUUAUGCCAAAGUAGGAGGAGUAAAUCUCAAAGAAAUAAAUGUUUUGGAGUAAGAAUUCUUAGAAUAUAUGGAUUACUAAUUAUUUGUAGAUGAUUAGUAAUAUGCAAUAUAUGAAAAAAAAUUGUAAGAAUUUGGUGAGAUUGAGAUGCCAUGAC